AUGUCAACAAAUCGCAGGAGAGGCGCGAAAAUUCUUCUCCUUGUUUGUUUGGCGCUUACUGCUCAUUUGUAUUUCGCGGCCGACAAUUCCAAUUGUUCCGAUACUCAGGCACCAACAUACCCUGAAGCAAGCGAAUCUAACAAUGCUUUCAUCCCAUUCGUCAAUGCCCCCUUUCCAAUCCUUACCUACUCACCUGCUUUCGACCUCUCCAUUACGACGGAAUGGAACAAGCCCAAAUACAUUGGCCGUGCUGCCAUGGAUACCGGUUCAACCGGUGUCAUGAUUGGCGGUGGUUUACUCGGAUUUUCAGACGCAACUAAGUUCGAAAAAUCGCGACCAGGAAGCGAGUACCUCUCUUCGAGCGGGAGGCUGUGGACUGGUUAUUGGAUUGAUGCCGAUGUCACGUUCUAUCUUGCUGAGAGGGAUGAGCAGGGGCAACGCCAACAAGUUGUCAGCCACAUUCCGAUUCUAGCCGUAAAUGAGUCAAGCACUUGCCUAGCUUAUGGAAAACUUGGGUAUUGCCCAGAAGAAGAAAAACAAAACGUCGUCAAAUGGCCGAACAGUACACACUAUCUUGGCGUCGGCUUUGGCAGAGGCAGCGUGCAACAGCCACAGGCAUCGCCCGAUAAGAAUCCAUUUGUUAAUGUCGGUAAGAUCAGAGGAAGCGAGGUGAAAGAUAUUCACCAGGGCUAUAUCAUCACUCAGAAUGGGAUACACGUCGGCCUUACGAAAGAUCUAGCGGCUCAGUUCCGGAAAACAAAGUUGGAUGUGAGAGCAGGAUCAAAGGCCCCCGACUGGGCCAUGGCAAACAUGGCGACCCGUAUAAAUGGCUCCCCCUACAAUCAUGGCAAGGCACUUUUCGACACAGGUAUCAACCGAUCAUACGUUACAGUACACCAAGAUAUUCAGUCAAAGACGAAGACAGAGCCAUCCCGAUUAAUCAAGAAUAACCCAAAGGUUCUGGUGCCUGGAAGCGUAGUGGAGGUAUUAGUGCCAGAUGAGAAGAAUCCUAUUGCCAACUACACAGUUACUGUCACGGGGGAUCCUCAAGGCAUGGAGCCCCUAGGAUACGUUAUGAAGGAUCCUCCGUCACCUUCCUCAACAACUGGGCUUUUUAUUAACACUGGUAGAAUGUUUUACGAUGGAUUUGACGCGAUGCUAGAUUCUGAAUGUGGUUGGUUUGGGCUGCGGAAUCGGCAAGAGCCUAUGACCUAA